AUGGGGUGGUUGGAAGACUUUGUGAAAGAAAAUAGCAGCGAACAGCAGCAAGUCACAAGAAAUAAAAGUUGGAAGAAGCCACCAGAAGGCUGGCUAAAAUGCAACAUUGAUGGGGCAUUUAAAACACAGUCUGACCAAAGUGGAGCUGGGAUUGUAUUCCGAGACUCGAGAGGACAGUUCCAAGCAGCAACUAUUAGACCAUUGCAGAGCAUCACAACACCAUUCCAUGUCGAACUACAUGCAUUGUACAAAGCCAUAAGAAUGGUUGUAGGUAUGAAUUACAACCGAGUUAUUUUUGAAACUGACUGCUCCAUGUUAGUGGCUGCACUGAAACAAGAAGAAGAUAGAGGACCUCUCUAUGCAUGGCUACCUGAUUGA